AUGGUCAAGGCGCCAUCAAACAAUAGCUCCUGGCAGCGUCUCUAUCGAGCUCUACUCCGUUCCUCUGCCGCUUCCGUACGCUUCUCACGUCCAGCUACUCGGAAUACCAGACGUUACUUACGUGACGAGUUUGCCGAUGCUCUCGUUGCCAAAUCAAAUAAUGCGGUGAUACCAAGCUCGAUCCGACCUGUCAAUGGAGACAAUGACGGCGUCACCGAGACCAGCAAUGUCCAAACCUGUCAACCUACAGCAGGUCAAGUAACCGAACUGCCAAAUGUGACGUUGCGUCAAGCACCCCCAAACGCAGCUUCAGUACUGCAGUUGCUGCAACGACAGACGCACAAUACGCUUGCCUUUCACCUCUCCGCAUCCUUGUUACCGAGCAGCGUCUCGGAGCAUCGCGCAAUGGAGGCAGCUCAAUCCUCGACAUCCAAGGAGACGAGCGCAUCUGGCCAUCUUCGGCGCUUGCUCGGAAAUACGUCUUCCGAUCCAGAGCUCAGCGAUCGAGACCAAGGCGGCUCAAUUUCAACCCAUCUCAUUGUUGGCGAGCGUUGCAUGGCAGCAAGGCAAGAUCGACCCACCAAGGCCGCUCGACUGGCUCACCGCGUCGUAGCCAACCUAUCAUCGUUGACCUACCACCACUUGUCACCACACACCCAGAUGCAAUCGCGCGCCCACCUCAAGCAAAAUCGCGUCAGAAAGCCACGAAAGCUUUCAUCUCUCGCGCGUGUGCUAGGCAAAGUCGAAGCGGACAUGUCACUGGAUAGCUCGCAACUUUCUAGCCAAGCUGGUCUAUCGGAUUUAUUUGGCAGCGAAAGUGGCGGCGGCGUUGGCGGCAACGACAGUACACGUGAAACUGUGCUCAAUGCAUUGCAUAUGAAGCUGAGCUUUCUCAUGCCGAGCGUCAAGCCGGCACGCGGACCUAUUUCCUCACGAUUGAAGGAGUGGGAUGGACAGAAUGCAGACAAGUUCGCAUCCGAGGGCAACCUGCGUCAGAUGGAGUGGGAUCUCAAAACGGUAGAGAAAUUGCUGGCGGAUCACGAUCAGGAAAGCGCAAAGCACACGAAAAAACAGCUGGCUAUAUCGAAGCAGGUGCAACAACUCAAAGCAGAGGCGGAACAAUUGAGGAAGCACGUCAAGGCAGCAGCUAGAGCUCUAUCACAGGCAGCGACGCAGAGAAGCCUGGAAAGUAUCCCGAUGGAUCAUCUGGCCAACCUCGUCGCGGAGGCUCAAGACUCCCAAGAGGUUCUUUUAGGUAGGAGCCGCUGGAUCAAGCGUAAGAACGGAGACUUUCUGCCUCCCUGA